CCCGGAAAAAAGAUUCGAGACGGCGUGGAGGACAGCAGAGGGUGGGGGAAAAGAGAACGGCAGGACGGGCGGGGAGCCGCAGCCCCGAGGCGCAGAGCCCUGGGACCCGAUGCGACCCUUGCUGCGCACAGCGCGGGUAAUGUGAGCAGAGCCCAGGAAUGCCUUAUGUGGAUCGGCAGAACCGAAUCUGUGGGUUUCUGGAUAUCGAGGACAAUGAGAACAGUGGCAAGUUCCUGCGGAGGUACUUUAUCCUGGACACCCAGGCCAACUGCCUCCUCUGGUACAUGGACAAUCCCCAGAACCUGGCAGUUGGGGCAGGAGCUGUUGGAUCUCUGCAGCUGACUUACAUCUCGAAGGUGAGCAUAGCUACCCCAAAGCAGAAACCGAAAACUCCAUUCUGCUUUGUUAUCAAUGCCCUGUCUCAGAGAUAUUUUCUUCAAGCCAAUGACCAGAAAGAUCUGAAGGACUGGGUUGAAGCUUUGAACCAAGCCAGCAAGAUCACUGUACCCAAGGCUGGGACCCUACCCUUGGCCACUGAAGUUCUCAGAAGCCUCACAGCUCCUCCCACCCUAGACAAGAAGCCGCAGGUGGCCUACAAGACUGAGAUCAUCGGAGGAGUAGUGGUCCAAACACCCAUCAGCCAGAAUGGUGGGGAUGGGCAGGAAGGGAGUGAGCCAGGGUCUCAUGCCUUCCUGCGGAGGUCUCAGAGCUACAUCCCCACAUCAGGCUGCCGUCCUCCCACCGGGCCUCCCCUCAUUAAGAGUGGCUACUGUGUGAAGCAAGGGAACGUGCGGAAGAGUUGGAAACGACGCUUCUUUGCCCUCGAUGACUUUACCAUCUGCUACUUCAAGUGUGAGCAGGACAGAGAGCCCCUGCGGACUAUACUCCUCAAGGACGUUCUCAAGACUCACGAGUGUCUCGUCAAGUCUGGCGAUCUCUUAAUGAGGGACAACCUGUUUGAAAUCAUAACCACCUCCAGGACAUUCUACGUACAGGCAGACAGCCCCGAAGACAUGCGCAGCUGGAUUCAGGAGAUUGGAGCAGCUGUCCAGGCCCUCAAGUGCCACCCCAGAGAGCCAUCCUUUUCUAGAUCCGUUUCUUUGACUCGACCUGGAAGCUCGGGCCUUGCAAGCGGGCCUAACUUCAUUUUGAGGAGGAGACCAGCGGUGGAAGAAAAAAGGGCUCUCUGUAAGGCCCCUUCUGUGGCCUCCUCCUGGCAACCCUGGACACCUGUCCCCCAGGCUGGGGAAAAGCCAUUGUCAGCUGAGAAUGCUCCGGAGGACUCUUUAUUCCUGCCUCACCCUGGGGAGAGCAACACUACUGGGGUGCUGGCGAGUUCGCGGGUCAGGCAUAGGUCGGAGCCCCAGCACCCCAAGGAGAAGCCAUUUGUGUUCAACCUCGAUGAUGAAAACAUACGGACCUCUGAUGUGUGAUAUGCAGCACCUUGGUGUGCCUGAGAGAUGGCGCUGUGACUCAGUUUCUCUGCCGCGGUGGACGACAGAGGCUAAUGGCACUCACAGUGGAGGGACCCAUCCAGCUGGCUUUUGUUUUUGUUAUUAUUUAAUUGGGGGAAAUCAUUAGGAUAGACCCACAGGCACACUCUGUUGCCUCUAGUGAGGGGUUAGUUUUAACUGUUAAAACUGGGGCGGGGGGAGGUGGUUAGAGUCUAGUUUUACCCCUAACCAAGUACCCUCCCCACCAUUUGUAUUUCUUUCAUUUUCUUGGUUUUGUUUCCAGUUUAUAUACAAGAUAUCAGGCUAAGAGCUGGUUUCACCUACCCCUGUUUAUUGGCUGACACGUGGAAAUCAGGCAAAGGAUUGCCAUCAGGACUGAAAGGCCUCGGGUGCGGGAGACUCAGGUUGCAGCAUGAUUGGGCCUCAUUUAAGAGGUGGCCUUAGAAUCUGGGGAGUGAAGGGCCAACUUCAGAAAGUCUUCCCGGGCAGUUCCCUCAGGACGUCUCCCAGGGGAGGAGAGGGGACCUCUUGAGUCAUGAGGGCUAAUUAAACUGCCAUAGCCACUUG